GAGGUGAAAUGGCGCAGCAAGGAGCUCAGCUGGACGGAGCAAAAUUCUGCUGUUCGAUCUGUCUGGAUCUACUGAAGGAUCCGGUGACUAUUCCCUGUGGACACAGCUACUGCAUGAGCUGUAUUAAAGGUUUCUGGGAUGAAGAGGAUGAGAAGAAAAUCUACAGCUGCCCUCAGUGCAGACAGACCUUCACACCAAGGCCUGUCCUGGUGAAAAACACCAUGUUAGCAGAUUUAAUGGAGGAGCUGAAGAAGACUGGACUCCAAGCUGCUCCUGCUGAUCACUGCUAUGCUGGACCUGAAGAUGUGGCCUGUGAUGUCUGCACUGGGAGGAAGAUGAAAGCUCUCAAGUCCUGUCUGGUAUGUCUGAUCUCUUACUGUGAGAAACACCUUCAGCUUCAUUAUGAAUCUGCUGCAUUUGAAAAACACAAGCUGGUCGACCCCUCCAAGAAGCUCCAGGAGAACAUCUGCUCUCGUCAUGAUGAGGUGAUGAAGAUGUUCUGCCGUACUGAUCAGCAGAGUAUCUGUUAUCUCUGCCCUGUGGAUGAACAUAAAGGCCACGACACAGUCUCAGCUGCAGCAGAAAGGACUGAGAGGCAGAGAGAGCUCGAGGUGAGUCGACAAAACAUCCAGCAGAGAAUCCAGGACAGAGAGAAAGAUGUGAAGCUGCUUCAACAGGAGGUGGAGGCCGUCAGUCGCUCUGCUGAUAAAGCAGUGGAGGACAGUGAGAAGAUCCUCACUGAGCUGAUCCGUCUCAUCCAGAAAAGAAGCUUUGAUGUGAAGCGGCAGAUCAGAUCCCAGCAGGAAACUGAAGUGAGUCGAGUCAAAGAGCUUCAGGAGAAGCUGGAGCAGGAGAUCACUGAGCUGAAGAGGAAAGACGCUGAACUGAAGCAGCUCUCACACACAGAGGAUCACAACCAGUUUCUACACAACUACCCCUCACUGUCACAACUCAAUGAACCUACAGACUCAUCCAGCAUCAAUAUCCGUCCUCUGAGAUACUUUGAGGAUGUGACAGCAGCUGUGUCAGAGCUCAGAGAUCAACUACAGGACAUCCUGAGGGAGAAAUGGACAAACAUCUCACUGACAGUGACUGAAGUGGAUGUUUUACUGUCACAACGAGAGCCCAAGACCAGAGUUGGAUUCUUAAAAUAUGCAUGUGAAGUCACACUGGAUCCAAACACAGCACACAAAAAAAUGUUAUUAACUGAUGAGAACAGAAAAGCAACAUACACAGGUCAACUACAGUCCAUGUUCCUCCAGAGUAGGAGUGUACCUGGAUCACAGAGCAGGUAUUCUGUCCUUCUACAGCGUCUCUAAAACCAUGACUCUCCUCCACAGGGUCCAGACCACAUUCACUCAGCCUCUCUAUGCUGGAGUUUGGCUUUG